CUGACUCCACCACUGGAACGUCUGGAUUCUAAGCGACUUCUCAGCAGCAGAGAAAGAAGAAAACCAGCCGAUCUCCAAAGUAAACUUGAUGGGUUUGUAAAAGGAAUCCAAAUUUAAAAGUAUUACUGUGGCCCUUUUAUAGUCAAGGGUUUCAAAAAGGAGCCACGGGCAAGCCAGCGUUGGCAUGAGUGCAUGCAUUUUGGGCCCUGUAGGAAUCAAGUAUUCUCGUCCUACAGUUCUUCGGGAGAAAGAAGCCCUGAAUCCCGUGCUGCGUUUGAAAGGUCACAGAAUUCUUAACUAAGGAACACAUGGCUCUGUUAAAGAAAGUUAAUCAGAUCUUACUAGUCCUUCUUGUUUUGACUGUCUGUGUCAUUCUGUAUAAUAAAGUUCACAGAGUGCCUUCCACAUUAAAGAAUGAAACAGCUCAUUUGGAGAAUGGUGAGGAAAUGGAAGAAGAAAUACCCGUGGUGAUAUGUGCUGCUGCAGGCAGAAUGGGAGCAGUUAUAGCAGCAAUCAAUAGCAUAUACAGUAACACAGAUGCUAAUGUUUUGUUCUACAUCGUUGGGCUAAAGAACAGCAUUCCACAUAUCAGACAAUGGAUUGAAAAUUCUAAACUGAGAGAAAUAAAUUUUAAAAUUGUGGAAUUCAACCCUAUGGUACUAAAGGGAAAAAUCAGACAUGAUGCAUCACGCCCUGAGCUGCUCCAGCCACUGAACUUCGUUCGGUUCUAUCUCCCUUUGCUCAUCCAGAAACAUGAGAAAGUCAUAUAUUUGGAUGAUGAUGUCAUUGUGCAAGGGGACAUCCAGGAACUAUACAACACAAAACUAGCUCCCGGCCAUGCUGCAGCUCUUUCAGACGACUGUGAUUUGCCUUCUACCCACGAAAUGGUCAGAAGUGUAGGAAUGCAGAACACUUACAUGGGCUUCCUGGACUACCGAAAGCAAACAGUUAGAGAUCUUGGCAUCAGCCCUAGCACCUGCUCCUUUAAUCCUGGCGUGUUUGUUGCAAACAUGACCGAGUGGAAGCAUCAGCGGAUUACAAAGCAGUUAGAAAAAUGGAUGCAGAAAAAUGUUGAGGAGAACCUUUACAGCAGCACCCUUGCAGGAGGUGUGGCCACCUCUCCAAUGCUCAUUGUAUUCCAUGAAAAAUAUUCUGCUAUAAAUCCCUUAUGGCACAUAAGACAUCUUGGCUGGAGUCCUGAUACCCGAUAUUCGGAGCAUUUUCUUCAAGACGCUAAAUUACUUCAUUGGAACGGAAGAUAUAAACCUUGGGACUAUCCUAGUGUUCACACUGACCUGUGGGAAAAGUGGUUUAUCCCUGACCCUUCAGGAAAGUUCAAACUGAUUCGUCCCGAUAGCUGAUACUGAUAUAUAUGUAAAUGUUUAUACUUAAAAAAAUAAAAUACGUUUCCAGCAAGA